GCUGUCGCAGAAGAACGGCGCAUGAUCAUGAUGCAAACUUUGAACAUUCUCAAUAAUUGAAAAUCUCAGACCGAGACUUGAGCGAGACAGCCAGCAGACAGACAGACUCCAGACACGAAGACAGAGUAGCAGAGAAGAAUCAAUCUUUCAGCCUGUUGACAGUGGAUACAAACCUUCAGGAGUAGAACUAAUCUCAAUUUCUCGCCUAGUCAGUCCUACUUUUGAGGAAACAUUUUUAAAUCACAAUAUUGAGAAUUUGAAUAACCAACUGAUUUUACCGUAAAACCGUGAUUUGAAAUAUCCAAAUUUUGUAAGUAAACCGUAGCCUAACUAAAGUUUGAAAGAAUGAGAGAAAUAGUGCAUCUUCAAGCCGGGCAAUGCGGAAAUCAAAUUGGAGCAAGGUUCUGGCAAGUCAUCUCAGAGGAACAUGGCAUAGAUCAGUCUGGAGUGUAUCAAGGAACAUCAGAUCUCCAACUUGAAAGAAUAAGCGUCUACUAUAAUGAAGCAUGUGCGAGCCGCGGCGGCGGAAGCGGCAAGUACGUGCCGCGGUCGAUCCUGCUGGACCUGGAGCCAGGGACGAUGGAGGCGGUGCGCUCGGGGCCCUACGGCGCCCUCUUUCGGCCAGACAACUUUGUGUUCGGCCAGAGCGGCGCCGGCAACAACUGGGCCAAGGGUCACUACACCGAGGGCGCCGAGCUCGUUGACAACGUGCUAGAUGUCGUUCGCAAGGAGUGCGAGAACUGCGAUUGUUUGCAGGGUUUUCAAUUGACCCAUUCACUGGGAGGAGGCACUGGAUCUGGGUUGGGAACACUUUUGAUCUCUAAAAUACGUGAAGAAUACCCUGACAGAAUUAUGAAUACAUAUUCUGUAAUGCCAUCUCCGAAGGUAUCCGACACAGUUGUUGAGCCGUACAAUGCUACAUUGUCAGUUCACCAACUGGUUGAGAACACUGACGAGUCGUACUGCAUAGACAACGAGGCACUCUACGACAUCUGCUUCAGGACGCUGAAGCUGGCCAACCCAACCUACGGCGAUCUCAACCAUCUCGUGUCGCUCACCAUGUCUGGUGUAACCACUUGCCUCAGGUUUCCUGGUCAACUGAACGCCGACCUGCGCAAACUGGCAGUGAACAUGGUUCCGUUUCCGCGGCUGCACUUCUUCAUGCCGGGAUUCGCGCCGCUGACGUCACGCGGCAGCCAGCAGUACCGCGCGCUCACUGUGCCGGAGCUGACUCAGCAGAUGUUCGACUCCAAGAACAUGAUGGUCGCUUGCGACCCCCGCCAUGGGCGCUACCUCACUGUCGCCGCUAUCUUUAGAGGCCGAAUGUCAAUGAAAGAGGUCGACGAACAAAUGAUGAACGUGCAGAACAAGAACUCGUCCUACUUUGUCGAGUGGAUCCCGAACAAUGUGAAGACGGCCGUGUGCGACAUUCCGCCCAAGAACCUGCAGAUGUCGUCGACGUUCGUCGGCAACACGACGGCCAUCCAGGAGCUGUUCAAGCGCAUUUCGGAGCAGUUCGCCGCCAUGUUCCGACGCAAGGCCUUCCUGCACUGGUACACCGGAGAGGGCAUGGACGAGAUGGAGUUCACCGAGGCCGAGUCCAACAUGAACGAUCUCAUCUCCGAAUACCAGCAAUAUCAGGAAGCUGUCAUUGAUGAUGAAUACAACGAUUUUGAAGAAGGAGAUAUGAAGGGUGACAUGGAAAACUAAUCCAACUUACUAUGAAAAUCUUCAUGGUUAUUUCAUGAAUGAUUGGCUCCAAAGACUCUUAACCUUCCAAUGGAAAUAGUGAAU